UUAAUUAAAACCCUAACACAACAAAUCUCAAAGCUUCCGUCAAAUCAACAAAAUCGAAACCGCUGCCACUUUGCCCUAUCACGCUUGGAGUCGCUACGAUCUCAACCCCGUCGAAGUUCAUCGUUUUCGCCGGCAACAGCGAGAAAUUCAUCAUCCAGAUUUUCAAAUUUGAAAUAGAAUAUGUCGAGUAGUAAGAAGGAAGAGAUUAAGGCUGCAGCAUUAACUGCUGCGAAAGGGCUUAGUCGUGCUCAAGCUGAAAGAGCAGCAACUGCGGCUGCGCGUAAUGUUAACGCUUAUGGUCAGAAGGAAGAAGGGCCUAGCAGAUGGCAGGAGAAAAGGGAGGCGAAGAGGCAGAUGUAUUUGAUGAGUACUGAGAAAGCUGUUAAAUUGGGUGAAAGGAAGGAUGUCAAGCCUACAAUGUCGACUGUUGAUGGUAAUGCGCAGUGUCAGAAGUGUUACCAGGGUGGGCAUUGGACAUUUCAAUGUAAGAAUGAGCGAGUUUAUAUUUCAAGGCCAUCGAGGACUCAGCAACUUAAAAACCCUAAAUUGAGGCCGGAUGUGUCUGUGGGUUAUGAUUUGGAUGAUAAUAAUAAUAACAAUCAUCGUGAUCGUGAUGUGAAGGAGGAAAAGGCCAAAGUGAGUUCAAAAAAGUCCAAGAGGAAGUAUGAUUCAGUUAGUAAUAGUGAGGAUUCAGUGUUUGAGACCGAUAGUGGCAGUGGAUCAUCGUCUGCCACGGGAUCAGAUUAUUCUUCUAGUUCGGGUUCCAGCUCAUCCUCUGAAUCAGAGGAAGAAAGGAGACGGAAGAAGAAGAAGAGUCAGAAGAAGAAGCAGACUAAGAAGAAGAGCAAAGGAAAAAGCAGGAGGUACAGUACAUCUUCUGAAUCAUCUGAUUCAGAUUCUGGUUCAGACUCUGAUUCUGAUGAUAAAAGCAGCAGGAGAAAGAAGAGGCAUAGUCGGAGACGUUGAAUGGUACUUAAGAAUGUAUGGAGCAGCUAAGAGUUUGGUGAGUAGUUAUCGAGCAGGAUUGAUGGCUAGCUCCACAGAUACAAUUUUAAGUUUCAGCCGAUGUAAUGUACAAUAUGCUUUGCUAGAUGCCUGGGUUGUACGUAUCUUCUUUCAUUAACUUUGUUAUCCUGAAGAUACUUGGAGGUUUGAUUUUAUCUUUAACGUUUGACUUCAUGGAUGGUGCUCUAUAUAUUUUGUUAUGCUUAAACAGUUAGAUGGAUUUUGCAAUUGAUACAAGCUUCAAAUGAUAUCCUCGUCUAAUACUCAAUUCUUGUAUGUUUACGUAACUGAGUUUGUUCUUGUAUAUUCUCAAUUUAUGCAGGCUUUCUUGCAUUUAUCGAAUUAGUGAACUUAAGCUUAUUGCUUAAUGCUUUCAUACUUACUGUAUUUGUUUACCAGAGUUCCAAUUUUCAGUUAUGUGUUGUCUUCAA